UGUUGUCCUUCAGGACUGUAGACAGUUUUCUCUGGUAUAGUUUAAAAGCCAUGUAGGCUUGCCUUCCCUUUGCAGACUGCUUUCAGACUAGCACUGUAAGAGCUGAAAGAAAAAUGGAAGUCUUGCAAGAACUUCGCAAACCAUCUGCACGUUUGGAAUGUGACCACUGCGGUUUCAGAGGCACAGAUUAUGAAAAUGUUCAGAUUCACAUGGGCACCAUACAUCCGGAGUUUUGUGAUGAAAUGGAUGCUGGUGGGUUAGGUAAAAUGAUAUUUUACCAGAAAAGUGCAAAACUCUUUCACUGCCAUAAAUGCUUCUUCACCAGCAAGAUGUACUCUAAUGUGUAUUAUCACAUCACCUCCAAACACGCAAGCCCAGAGAAAUGGAAUGAGAAACAAAAAAAUCAGUUAAACAAAGAAGCAGAACCUCUGAAAAGUCCCCCUCCUUCUGAACACCAGAAAAUGUCUUCUAAUUCAGCAGAACUGCUAAAUUCUAUGCCAGCCUUUUCCACAGAAACACAGAGACUUGGCUCAGUUUUGUCUCCAGAAUCACCAAAACCUAAUUCUCUUACUUCCCUGGACCUUCAGAAACCUGGCUCUGUUGUUUCUCCUGAACCACAGAUGCCUUCUCCUGAACUUUUAAAACCUGCCCCCAUUUCUACUGAACUUUCAAAACCAGUCUCUGUUUCUGAGCCUCAGAAACCAGUCCCUGUUCCUUCUCCAGAAACACAGAAACUUGCCCCUAUAUCUCCUGAUCCGGUCAAGGGUACUCUUACUAAUCCCAAACCUCAGAAGUAUUCACACUUCCCAGAAACAUUGAGGCCUCCUUCAGCCUCAUCUCCAGAAUCACCAGUUUUAGCAACUUCCCCUGAACCUUGGGGGCCUUCCCCUUCUGCAUCUCCAGAGUCUCGGAAGCCAGCCCGGGCUCUGUCUCCCGAGCCAAGGAAGCCCUCCCCAUCAGAAUCUCCUGAGCCUUGGAAGCCAUUCUCUGCUGUCUCCCCAGAGCCUAGGAGACCAGCCCCAGCUGUGUCACCAGGUUCUUGGAAGCCAGGGCCACCUGGGUCCCCUAGGUCUUGGAAAUCUAGUCCUUCAGCAUCGUCGGGGCCCUGGAAGCCAGCCAAACCUGCACCGUCUGUGUCUCCUGGACCUUGGAAGCCAAUUCCUUCUGUGUCACCUGGGCCUUGGAAACCAGCUCCUUCUGUGUCCCCUUCAUCCUGGAAGUCGUCUUCAGUUUCAUCUGGUUCCUGGAAAACUCCCCCCACAUCUCCUGAGUCAUGGAAGUCUGGCCCCCCAGAACUCCGAAAGACAACUUUGUCACCAGAGCACUGGAAGGCAAUUCCCCCGGUGUCUCCUGAGCUUCGCAAACCAGGGCCACCACUGUCCCCAGAGAUUCGUAGUCCAGGAGGAUCACCCGAGCUCAGGAAACCCUCGGGAUCUCCAGAACUGUGGAAGCUUUCUCCUGACCAGCGGAAAACUUCUCCUGCUUCCCUUGAUUUUCCUGAGUCCCAGAAAAGCUCCCGUGGCGGUUCCCCCGAUCUCUGGAAGUCUUCCUUUUUUGUUGAACCUCAGAAACCUGUCUUCGCUGAUGCCCGGAAAUCAGGUCCCUCUGGGCCUUCGGAGUCUCCUAAGGCUGCCUCAGACAUAUGGAAGCCAGUCCUCUCUAUUGAUAAUGAGACUAGAAAACCUGGCCUGUUUUCUGAGCCUUCCAAAACAGCCCCUCCCGCCUCUCCUGAACCUCGGAAACGUGCUCUUUUUUCAGAGUCUCGGAAACAUGCCCUUUUCCCUGAACUUCCCAAGUCAGCUAUCUUCUCAGAGUCUCAGAAGGCAGUUGAUCUUGGGGAUGAACUGCAGAUAGAUGCCAUAGAUGAUCAAAGGUGUGAUAUUUUGGUUCAGGAGGAAAUACUAGCUACACCUAAGAAACUCUUAGAAGACACUUUAUUUCAUUCCUCAAAGAAGCUCAAGAAAGAUAACCAAGAGAACUCAGAUACUGAGCUUAGUGGUGAGUAUAUAAAAACAGAUUUGGAUAUGAUAGAUAUUAAGGGCCAAGAAUCAAGUAGUGAUCAAGAGCAGGUUGAUGUGGAAUCUCUUGAUUUUAGUAAAGAGAACAAAAUGGACAUGACUAGUCCAGAGCAUUCCAAAAAUGUAUUACAAUUUACUGAAGAAAAAGAGGCAUUUAUCUCUGAAGAAGAGAUUGCAAAAUACAUGAAACGCGGGAAAGGAAAGUAUUAUUGCAAAAUUUGUUGCUGUCGUGCUAUGAAAAAAGGUGCUGUUUUGCAUCAUUUGGUUAAUAAGCAUAAUGUUCAUAGCCCUUACAAAUGCACAAUUUGUGGAAAGGCUUUUCUCUUGGAAUCUCUCUUCAAAAAUCAUGUAGCAGCCCAUGGGCAAAGUUUGCUUAAAUGUCCACGUUGUAAUUUUGAAUCGAAUUUCCCAAGAGGCUUUAAGAAACAUUUAACUCAUUGUCAAAGCAGGCAUAAUGAAGAGGCAAAUAAAAAAUUAAUGGAAGCUCUUGAACCACCACUGGAAGAGCAGCAAAUUUGACUUUUAAAACUGGUGGUGCUCUACAAAGUUUGUUGAAACCAUUCAUUGAAGGUAUUGUUAAAUAGUCUCGUUGGAUCAAUAGAUAGAUAUGUCUAUGGUGUAUUUUGCUUGUCUACGUAGUGUUGGUUUUUUUUUCCUGAUUUUCCUUUAUGUGGUCGUCUUAGUUUAUGCUAUAUAUUCCAGAUGAAAAUAAAACCUCUUUUAGAAUACUUGGAUGAUAUGAAGGAGUAGGCAUUCCAUUUAAUGAGCAAGUUGUAUUUUGUUUAAAACAUCUGGUUCAAGUAUCUUUUUGUGAAACAAAUUUUAGACAAUGGGAAUUAUUAGUUGUAAGAAUUAGGCAUGAAAACUUUGAGAAAUGUAUUUUUAGAUCAUAAAAGUUAUUUUGAAGUUUCUAUUUGAUACAUAAAGCUAAGUUUAUUUAUAAAUCUUGAAUUGUUUCUAGACAUUAGCUUUUAGGGCAUGGAAAAUUGGAGUCUCAGGGAUGCUGAUUUUCUGCCAAAAGAGGAGAAAUCAAAUAAAUUUUAAAAAUAGCUUGCAGACUUCUGUGGAAAAUAGGAAAAAGGUUAGUGUGAUUUUGGUAUUGUUCUUAGUUGUUUCCUUUGGAGUCUUCCAUUCUGUAUCUCCCCUCAAAGAUCUGGCCUUUCACCUCCCUCUGAGCUCUCACCAAUGAUGGCCCUUAUCGCCAAGUGUUCUAGAAGUUUGUUUCUUCUACUCUUGGUCCUAAUUCACAAUUCGUUGAGCUUCAGACCAGGGUGUCAAGAAUAGGAACUGUGGCUGCAGAGACAGUGCAGCCUUGUGUGUUCCUGAUCCGGGUUUGAUCCCCAGCAUCCCAUAUGGUCCUCUGAGCACCGCCAGGAAUAAUUCCUGAGUGUAGAGCUAGGAGUAAUCCCUGAGUGUCACUGGGUAUGACCUAAAAAACUUAAAAAAAAAAAGAAGAAGAAGGAACUGAAAGUCUUCCAGGUUCACAAUAGUAAGUCUUAAAAGUAGAUACUUCCGUUGAAGAAUGUUAAUUUUAUGUUUUUUUUUUUCAGUUAAUUGUAAAUACCAUGUGCCCGUUAAUGGAUUAUUCUAAAAUAUUUUGUUAAAUGUGUAUCAACCAAAUUAAAAAGACUUUCAUGUCAGCAAUAUCUGUGUAUGUUGUUUCUUUUGUGUACUUUCCAUUGUACAGUAUUUCAAAUUCCAUUGUUC